CUCCCCUUUCGAACGCGCCUCUUGCACGUGUCACCCCCUCCCGUCCCCAAGUCCACUUCUUCUCCAAGAACGCGCAGCGAGAUCCACUCUCCAACAAACCUACCAUGUACCCAACCCCAGGAGGUCUCUCCCCGUGGACUUCCCGCCCCUACCCAUCCUACCCGCCCACUCACCCGCACAUCGGCGAGAAUACCGAUGCGACAGAUCGGGACAAUCGAGAGAGGCCUCGCACCUCCCGCUUCCCAUUCUCGUCGCGGUCUCUGCCCCCGGUCGGCACUGGGACCAGUCCAACUUCCAAACCCUUCAGCGCUCUCGCAGCUCGUCUAUCUACGACGCCCGAGACUGUACCAACGAGCAACUUUAUGAUGCGCGGCCCUGCGGGAGUGCCACGCUGGGGUGCAGGUGCGGGUGCGCUCAUGUCUUGUUCGGAUCCUCCGUUGCUCUUGCAGCAGACAUCGUCGUACGGGAAUGGCAAGGAGCGGGCACAGACCCAGCCCAUACCUACGUCCCCGGUGUCGCCGCGCUCUCCAUCUUCAGACAUCGGCGAAGAUGACGCACGCGCUCCUCAUGGCCAUUACAAUGGCGCGCCGUCUGAUGCAGCCCUCGUCCUCAACGUGCAUGGCGGGAUCGAUGCCUCGUACCGGCGGCACCAUCGUUUCAGGCGCCAGGACGUGCCUUACCCGCGGAGCUAUGAACGGCGAGUGGUAGAUCUGGAUGUCCUCGAUAUGCGACUAGCCCGCCAAAUGAGCGGGGGAUCAUUGACGUGGCAUGUGUUUCCGCCGUCGUGGAGCGAUCCACCUGGACAGGGGCCGCUGAAGAAAGUGUUGGAUAUUGGAUGUGGGAAUGGAGUGUGGGUGAUCGAGGCUGCGAAGUGCUGGAAGGGAUGCGAAGUUGUUGGUGAGUACUUUUCAGUUUCGUCGGUGAUGUGUGGCGUUUCCUACUGCUUUAUUGUGUUUGGGAGUGUACGGAGGGAGAAAUCUGUAGAGGAAGGGAUGUUCGAAUGACGUGCUAACCACUUGGACUGACAGGCCUCGACAUCGUGUCUCUCUACCCAAACCUUGCGCGUGUCUCGAAAGACAAAGAUCUCGUGAGGAGGGUGAGCUGGGUCCAGGCCAAUUU